GUUGCAGAUGCAAAUUUUUCGGAUUUUCCAUAUAUACAAUAUCUAACACAUCCACCGGAGAUUAUCAAGAAGCCUCAGAAUCAGGGUGUACGCGUGGGUGGCGUGGCUAGUUUCUACUGUGCUGCUCGUGGCGAUCCACCGCCAUCGAUAGUUUGGCGCAAGAAUGCUAAGAAAGUAUCCGGCACGCAAUCCCGUUACACGGUGCUAGAACAACCUGGCGGCAUUUCUAUAUUACGCAUUGAACCAGUACGUGCCGGUCGUGACGAUGCACCAUACGAAUGUGUAGCUGAAAAUGGUGUUGGUGAUGCAGUAUCGGCUGAUGCAACUUUAACUGUUUAUGAAGGUGAUAAAACGCCACCCGGUUUUCCGGUUAUAACUCAGGGUCCCAGCACACGGGUAAUCGAAGUCGGUCAUACGGCGGUAAUGCAAUGCAAAGCCAUUGGUAAUCCAACACCCACAAUCUACUGGAUUAAGAAUCAGACAAAGGUCGAUAUGAGCAAUCCACGCUAUUCGAUAAAAGAUGGUGGCCUACAAAUCGAAAAUAGUCGCGAAGAGGAUCAAGGCAAAUACGAGUGUGUCGCUGAGAAUUCGGUUGGCACCGAGCAUUCGAAAGCAACGAAUUUAUAUGUGAAAGUACGACGUGUACCGCCCACAUUUUCACGCCCACCAGAGCCCAUCAACGAAGUGAUGCUGGGUGCAAAUUUGAAUUUAUCAUGCAUUGCAGUGGGCUCGCCCAUGCCGCAUGUAAAAUGGAUGAAAGGUGCGCAAGAUUUGACUCCCGAAAAUGAUAUACCAAUCGGCCGUAAUAUACUUCAGUUGACGAAUAUUCAACAGAGCGCUAAUUUCACCUGCAUAGCGGCCUCGUCUUUGGGGCAAAUCGAAGCAACGGCGAUGGUGAAAGUUCAAUCACUUCCAGCUGCUCCUACGGACGUGCAAAUCUCUGAAGUGACCGCCACUUCAGUGCGUUUGGAGUGGUCAUACAAAGGCCCCGAAGAUUUGCAAUACUAUGUGAUACAGUACAAACCGAAAAAUGCAAACCAGGCUUUUAGCGAAAUCAGCGGCAUCAUUACAAUGUUCUACGUUGUGCGCGCUUUAAGCCCAUACACUGAAUAUGAAUUCUAUGUGAUAGCGGUAAAUACGAUUGGACGUGGACCGCCAUCGAAACCAGAGACUUGUACCACUGGCGAUUUCACAUUCGGAGGUGCAAAAAUGGAAAGUGCUCCACGCAAUGUGCAAGUCCGACCGCUGAGUUCCUCAACAAUGGUCAUAACUUGGGAACCGCCAGAGACGCCAAACGGACAAGUGACC